AUGACGGCGCCGCUGAGCCUGGAGGCGAUGAGCCAUGAGCUGUCCGGGAUGAGCCACGAGGCGGGGGCGGCCCGGGCGGCGGCGGAGCUGCUGAGCUCGGCGGCGGCCGCCGUGGCCGCCGGGGGCGGGGGCCUGGUGGGCGUCCCCCCCGGGCCCCCGCGGGCGCUGGGCCUGCCCGGCCUGCUGGACGGCGGCGCCGGGGACUACCCGGGCCCCCCGGCGGCGGGCCGAGCCCCGGAGCCGGGCCUGGCGGGGCCCCUGCCCCCCAGCAUGGCCCUGGCGUGCGAGACGGGGCCGGGCCUGGGCGUCAGCGGCACCUACACCACGCUGACGCCCCUGCAGCCGCUGCCGCCCAUCUCCACCGUGUCGGACAAGUUUCCCCCGGCGCCGCCCCACCACCACCACCACCACCACCAUCACCACCACCACCACCCCCGCCUGUCCGGGGGCGUCAACGGCAGCUUCGCCCUGAUGCGGGACGAGCGGGGCCUGGCGUCGGUGCACGGGCUGUACCCGGCCUACGCCAAGGACGUGCCCGGGCUGGGGCCGAGCCUGUCGCCGCUGGCGGGGUCGGGGCUGGGCGCCCUGCACGGCCCCCAGCCGGGCCUGCCCCACUACGCGGCCGACAAGCUGCUCCCGCCCGGCGGCUUCGACGGCCCGCCGCACCCGGCCCUGCUGGCCCGGGCCGGCGAGCAGCACCUCGGCCCGCCCUCGGCCGGCCUGGUGCCCCUCUCCGGGCUGCCCCCGGCCCCGCACGCCCACCUGGGCGCCCAGGGCCCCGGCCCCAUCCUGGGCGGCGCCCGGGAGGCCGCCCCGGCCGGCCCCGGCUCGCAGCUGGGCAGCCACGGCGGCGGCGGAGGCGGCGGCUGCGGCGGCUCCGGCCAGAUGGAGGAGAUCAACACCAAAGAGGUGGCCCAGAGGAUCACCACCGAGCUCAAGCGCUACAGCAUCCCGCAGGCCAUCUUCGCGCAGAGGGUGCUGUGCCGCUCGCAGGGCACCCUGUCCGACCUGCUCCGCAACCCCAAGCCCUGGAGCAAGCUCAAGUCCGGCCGGGAGACCUUCCGCAGGAUGUGGAAGUGGCUGCAGGAGCCCGAAUUCCAGAGGAUGUCCGCGCUCCGCCUGGCAGCCUGCAAAAGGAAAGAACAAGAGCAUGGCAAGGACCGAGGAAACACCCCCAAAAAGCCCAGGUUGGUCUUCACGGAUGUUCAGCGUCGAACUCUACAUGCAAUAUUCAAGGAAAAUAAGCGUCCAUCCAAAGAAUUACAAAUCACCAUUUCCCAGCAGCUAGGCUUGGAGCUGAGCACUGUCAGCAACUUUUUCAUGAAUGCCAGGAGGAGGAGUCUGGAUAAGUGGCAGGAUGAGGGCAGUACAAAUUCAGGCAAUUCAUCUUCUUCAUCAAGCACUUGUACCAAAGCAUGAAGGAUUAACCACGGACUCAAACCUCGGUGGAAAAGCUUUAAAUUAAAUGAAAAUUAAAAAAAACCCCAGAAAACAAAACAAAGACUCAAGAGAGCAGGUUUAUACUAUUUGAAAAAAAAUUAUUUAUAAGUCCAAAGAAACCAAAGACUUAGCUCACCUGCAUUUUCAACUUUGUUUCCGGAGCUCACACUUCGGCAAGAGGACGGCUUGGCCAACAAACGAACAAGCCGCUGGGUCUUAAGCCUUCAGCUCACGAUCAUUUUCUUGGUACUUGCCUGGUCCGUGGGUUGGAGGGUCGUGAUUUCUCGCAGUCGAACGGUCAUCUUAUCGGAUCCAGCGCUUUCACCGCCGGCUACACCCCGCCAAAGUGGAUGGGGGCCUUCGCACUGUGCACACAGGCUGGGGUUUAGGGGCUCAAUGAGGGCCGGUCUUCAGGAAGGGUUGGGCCGGCGGAGUCAUCUGGAUUCGUUGGAUGGUAGUGUGAUUUCGCUCCUUUAUCGUUUGAACCUGCCCGGCAACAGCCCUGCGUCGUGUGGCUUCAAACCCGGCAGAGAAAUUUGGAACAGCGCCUAAACCAGUGCAUUCUCUUUGUUUGUUAAGGGAUGUUCAGACCUAAAAAAAAAAAAAUCCAUCCAUGAAAAAAAAAAAUCAUCUCCUAGGUACCAAAGAACACAUUUAAUAUCCUAGUGCAGGUAUUUUAUUGCAAUGAUUUUAAUAUU